AUGGAGUAUCUUACUCGUAGUCUCCAUUUAGCUGCUCAAAACUCAGCCUUCAGAUUCCAUCCUUUGUGUAAGAAUCUUAAUCUCAUUAGCCUUUGUUUUGCUGAUGACUUAUUGAUUUUUUGCAAAGGGGCUUUAUCAUUAGUUAAAAUCAUUAAGAGUGUGAUGGGGAAGUUUAGUUCUGUGACUAGGCUUCAGAUUAAUGAGAGCAAAUCUCAGGUCUUCUAUGGGGGAAUUUCAGCAGCAGACCGAGUGCUUUUGUCUGCUGAAUUGAGACUAUCUGAGGGGGUGUUUCCUCUUAAAUAUCUUGGAGUCCCUAUGAGACCUACAAAAUGGAAACAUGAAGAUUGUGAUGUCAUCAUUCAAAAAAUGAAAAUGAGAUUACACACCUGGGCUAGUAGACAUCUAUCCUUUGCAGGCAGAAUGCAACUAAUUCAUUCUGUUAUGUUUGGUUUGAGGAAUUAUUGGAUAAGCAUUUUUAUUCUGCCUCAAAGUGUAAUCAAGGAAAUUGAGAGGCUUUGUCGUGGCUUUCUUUGGGGUCUUAAUGGUAAUAGAUGCAAGAUUCAUAUGGCUUCUUGGGACAAAGUCUGUUUGCCUAAGGCUUUUGGGGGGCUCGGAUUCAGAAAUGGCCAGAGAUGGAAUCGUACUAUUUUAGCUAAGUAUAUUUGGGCUAUCUCUGAAAAGCAUGAUGUGUUGUGGGUGAAAUGGAUAAACUCAAUUUAUCUGAAAGACUCUGAUUUCUGGUCCUAUAGAUUACCUCAGGAUACCAGCUGGUAUUGGAGGAAAUUAUGCAAUCUCAGAGGCAAAUUCAGUAAGGAGGAAAUCAUUGCUGCUGGUUUAAAUGGGAAGUUUAACUCUGCCAAUCUUUAUAUUCAUUCCUUGAAUCAUGUUCAGGUUGGAUACUACAAAGCAGUAUGGUGUAGAUUAUCCUUACCUAUGCAUAGAUUUCUGUUAUGGCAGGUUAUAAACUCUCAGUUGCUGACUUAUGAUAAUUUGUUGAGGUUCAGAGUUCCUCUUGAUUCUGUCAUGUGCCUAGUUUGUGGUAAUUAUGUAGAGAGCCACUCCCACUUAUUCUUUGCUUGUCCAUUAUCAGUUAAGGUUCUGGAGCAACUCUCUGAGUGGAUGGAUAUCAGUUUAUGGCCUUAUGAAUUUGACAAAUGGAGAGAUUGGCUUUCUAGCAGAAACAAUGGGUUACUGUCUCACAUUUAUAACAUGUUGUUAGCUGCUGUAGUGUACUGCAUUUGGAGGAAUCGCAAUGGCUGUGUUUUUGACCAUUGCUCUCGGACUGCUUCUAGUUUAGCUGCUGAAGUUAAGCUUUUAGUAUAG